GGGCAAAUAGCUGGAAUUCCGUUUCCGUUCCUGUUCCUGGGAUUUUACGCACUCCCUCAGCGGGGAUAUUCACAUAUUAUUUACACUUUUCUGCCCCUGACUGUUACUGAUGGCUUCUUCCCCGCAGAAAUCUCCGUCUUCUCCCAAGUCGCCAACUCCAAAGUCUCCGUCCUCCAGAAAGAAAGAUGACUCAUUUCUGGGAAAACUUGGUGGGACUCUGGCCAGGAGAAAAAAGGCGAAAGAAGUAUCGGAGCUGCAGGAGGAGGGGAUGAACGCCAUUAAUCUCCCGAUGAGUCCCACACCUUUUGAGCUUCAUCCUGAGGACAUCAUGCUAGAGGAAAAUGAAGUCCGCACUAUGGUGGACCCAAACUCGAAAAAUGACCGAAAACUCCAGGAACUCAUGAAGGUGCUCAUCGACUGGAUCAAUGAUGUUCUGGUUGGGGAAAGGAUCAUUGUGAAGGACCUGGCUGAAGAUCUCUAUGAUGGACAGGUUCUCCAGAAGCUCUUUGAAAAGCUUGAAGGUGAGAAGCUAAAUGUUGCAGAGGUGACCCAAUCUGAAAUUGCCCAGAAGCAGAAGCUGCAGACGGUUCUGGAGAGAAUCAAUGACGCCCUGAAGGUCUCCACCAGGAGCAUCAAGUGGAACGUCGACUCGGUUCACGCUAAGAGCAUUGUGGCCAUCCUUCACCUGCUGGUGGCGGUUUCACAGCACUUCAGAGCGCCCAUUCGCCUCCCUGACCAUGUGUCCAUUCAGGUGGUUGUGGUCCAGAAACGAGAGGGCAUUCUCCAAUCCCGUCAGGUUAUGGAGGAGAUCACUGGCAACACUGAGGCAUUAUCUGGCAGGCAUGAGCGUGAUGCUUUUGAUACCUUGUUUGAUCAUGCUCCUGACAAGCUGAAUGUCGUGAAGAAGACUCUAAUCACCUUCGUCAACAAACACCUGAAUAAACUGAACUUGGAGGUUGCUGAACUGGAUACACAGUUUGCAGAUGGUGUGUAUCUGGUCCUGCUGAUGGGACUUCUAGAAGGAUACUUCGUCCCCCUCUACAACUUCUUCCUGACCCCUGAGAAUUUUGACCAAAAGGUUCAUAAUGUGUCUUUCUCCUUCGAGCUGAUGCAGGACGGUGGCCUGGAGAGGCCCAAACCCAGGCCUGAGGAUAUUGUGAAUUGUGACCUAAAAUCAACACUUCGAGUUCUUUACAACCUUUUCACCAAGUACAGACAUGUGGAAUGAGUCGAAACGGGUAACACGUUUAUGGAAUAACAAGUUUUUAUGAGGCUGACAAACAAAAUAUGCUGUUAAUUAUUUUUGGAGUAUUUUAUAAUACCCGUAUACGGCUAAUAAUUGUGUCUAGGUGUCAUCUUGAUGGAUGGAAAAACACUAAAGAAAAACACUAUGCAGACUAAUGUUUUUAAAUGAAAGCAUUCCAUUCCUCUGAUGAUGCAUUGAAGUCUAGCAUAACUUCAGCUUUUAUUCGUGGAAAUGUAAUCUGUUUCAAAUGUAUUCAAUCAGAAAAUAUCCAGUUUGCACUACAUUUAUAUCACAUAAAACUCUAUAUUCUCUUAAGUCACAGUAUUUGCUUAUAUUAUCAAGUGGGCGUCUAGCCAAAGAAUUGUUUGUUGUAAUGAGUGUCUGUUUCACUACAUAUCAUGCUUAGUCAUGAUUUCUGUGCUAAUAAUAAUAGUCUGUCUGAGUCAACAAAAAAUGUUGCCAAACAAAUUUGUCUCAGAGUUCAUAGCGAUUAAUUUUAGGGCUGGGCAACGAUUAAUCGCAUCCCAAAUAAAAGUUUGUGUUUACAUAAUAUUUGUGUGUGUACUGUGUAUAAUUAUUUUCUAUAUAAAAAAUUCAUACACAUGCAUGUAUGUAUAUAUUUAAGAAAAAUAUGAAUGUCAAAUAUUUAUAUUUAAUAUAAAUGAUGUAUAAAUAUAUAUAGAGUAUAUACAUGCAAAUAUUUCUUAAAUAUAUACACGCAUGUGUGUAUUUAUAUGUACAAUAUAAUUAUACACACUACACACACAUAUCUAUUAUGCAAACUUUUAUUUUGGAUGCGAUUAAUCGUAGCCCAGCCCUAACUUACGUCUUAAAACAGGGUGUCUUGGAUCAUUAUAGUGCAAAAUUUUUAGUUAAAAUGAAAAGCAGAUUUAAUUGGUGUAAGCGCCACUUUUGAUGGAAGCUACAAGAAACCAUUUUUUAUACAUUGUAUUGGUUGAUGUCAUUCCAGUAGCAUCAUUUGUAAAACUCAAUGUUUUAUCGGCACUUGAAAAUGUUACAAAAUCUACAUUAAACAUGGAUGAAUUAUCUA